UGGGAAAUUUUGCUGUCUUGGCUCCCGACCACUCAUCAUCGUCGUCAAGAAUUUGAACUCGCAGUCACCUUUUUUUAUGCAUUCUGAAACAUUACUGUCCUGAAUAAAAGAACAAAACAGAAUAAAGCAGAGUAACACAGACGGAUGAUUAUUUUUGGAUGCAAACUUUAUAUAAUAUUCGACCAUAAACAGUCAGCUCCAAAGUACAUUUCUCUCAUAUUUUCAGUAUGAGAUUAAACUAUACGUCAUCUCGGAAUGUGGAAUGUCUGUGAAACAAUUUCCUGUUAUCACUUGUGAUAUAGCAGCUAUAAAAAGUCAUUUCAUCACCAGCCUUGCUUUUUCAUUGAUCUUAAAGUUAAGACAAAAAAACCUGUCCACAGUUUGUCAUGUUACAGAGAAACCACAAAGCAAAAACUCCUCUGUCCGGAGCACUUUCCCAUGUUGGAAAACUUAAAGUUACAGCUUUACCUCAGUCCAAAAGCAUUAAACAAACAUCCCCUUACAGAAAACGUCAUCAUAUCAACAACUGCAGAAAUUAGUUUGUUAAAUAACAGAACAUUUUCCAAAUCUGUUUAUUAUUAUCCUUAGGCUAUGUGGUGCGUUCGCCAUACAAGUCCCUGUGAGCGAGCUGUUACUAUAGAAACAAUGUAUAAGUAUACAUAUUAGAACAAGUGCAUUAUUAACAAGCCUGUGAUUUAUGUUACAGCCAGAACAUUCGGAGCCAUCAGAAGUGCCGUUAUAAAAAUUAAUCAACACCUUCUGAUGCAAUAAUUUAACAGCGCGGUGGGAUAAAGACUAUAAAAAAGAUAUAUAUGGUGUGUUUUGUUUCCAGGCUCAGGUUGAGGCUGAUAAAGAGCAUGAAGAAAAGGUUCAUUUGCUAGAGCCGUACUCAGCCUCGACUGGACCUCCUCGGAUCCUCUAUCAAAGCCCAACCAUCCCACUGAGUCAAAGUUCAUGACCUGGAACAGAAAUGCCGGACUCAGAGUGAUAAGUGUAACAUUCUGUCCAAAGAGUUGGAGAAAUUUCACUUGGGUUUGCACACCGAUCCUGAGCGCUGGCCAGAAACCGCCACAUCACGGAGAGCAAUCUGUAACCUCCUGAACGAGCUCCAGAGUUGCACUGGAAAAGAGCGUCUCUCUCAGGUGACUGUCGAGGCCCGGCGGUGAUUGACAGGCGCUGGCGUUUGGCUGUGUAACUCUAUGUUGUGCAGGUGAUGACAGAUCUGCAGGUUCUCCGCUAAUCUCUGAGCUCCUCCAGCCACUGCAGGUCAGCAGAGAUACACCUGAGACGCCGUUGCACAUCAACAUCGCCAUAACAGCGAGAACCCAAUUCAUGAGCAUCUCAGAGAUGGAGGAUGAGGUGAGUCCAGCUCCAAGGUCCAAGGCAAGAUACACAGGACAGGUUCGUCUCUGCACGGCCCGCUACAGUUAUAAUCCUUAUGAUGGACCCAAUGAGCAUCCUGAGGCUGAGCUGCCUCUUGUUGCUGGGAAAUAUCUCUAUGUGUACGGAGACAUGGAUGAUGAUGGAUUCUAUGAAGGAGAGUUGCUGGAUGGCCAGCGUGGAUUGGUCCCUUCUAAUUUUGUGGAGUUUGUCCAGGACAAAGAGAAGCCAUCGGUGGAUGGAGCAGAAGAUCUGGGGCAGCUGGAGCAUGGCCGUUUAAGCCUGACAGCCAUAGACGGAGGUAUUUCCCUGGACAGCCUAAGCGUCGACUCUCUUGGGCCGUGCAGUAACGGGACUGGCACUCUGGAUGCUGAGGAGCUGGCUGAUGACAUUGUGCCUUACCCGAGAAAAAUCAACUUAAUCAAACAGCUGGCAAGGAGCGCCAUCGUGGCUUGGGAACAACCUCUAGUGCCCCUUGGUUGGGGCAACAUCAAUGGCUACAAUGUUUUAGUGGACGGGGAGGUUCGCGCUACUGUGCCCUUCAGUGGCAGGACCAAACUCUUGGUGGAGAAGCUGGAUCUAGCCACCUGCACAUACCGCAUGUCAGUGCAGAGUGUGACGGACCGAGGUUUGUCGGAUGAGCUCCGCUGUACCAUGCUGGUGGGACGGAAUGUCACGGUGGCUCCGACGGGCCUGCGCUUGGACGACAUCAUGCGUGACUCAGCGGAGCUCUCCUGGCUCCCCAGCAACAGCAACUACUCGCACACAGUGUUUUUGGAUGGAGUUGAGCAUGCUGUGGUGAAGCCAUGCUGUUACAGACUGCGCUUCAGCAACCUGAAAGCCACCACCGUGUACAAGGUGAGGGUGGUGGCCAAACCACACCAGGUGCCCUGGCACAUGCCACUGGAACAGCGAGAGAAAAAGGAAGCCGGGGUCGAGUUCUGCACACAGGCUGCAGGCCCUCCUCUGCCUCCCAAUGAGGUGCAGGUCCAGUGUGGACAGGCUCCAGGGAUUCUGCAGGUCCACUGGAAGCCUCCAUUGUUGACGCCCAUGGGGACCUCCAAUGGUGCCAACGUCAUUGGCUACGCGGUGUGCACCAAGGGCCAGAGGAUCGCUGAGGUGUUGUACCCAAUGGCUGACUUUGCAACAGUGGAUCUGAACUGUAUCCAGUGUUUGGAGGCCCGUGAGGUCGUGGUCAGGACUUUAUCAGCACAAGGCGAAAGCCAGGACUCGCAUGUCGCCGUCAUUCCUAACAACCUUCUCGUGCCUCCACCCCAAGUCCACCUUCCACCUCACCACAUGCCCCAGCCCUUGCCUCCAUGCACUGCACUCCCACCUCCAAUGCAGCCUCUUCCCCCUCAUGCUGGCCCUGAUUCAAGUUCCCAUCUUCAAACACUUCCCAUUCGCCCAAACCAGCCAGUCGCUCAUCUUCAGCCUCAUCCUUUACCCCAUCCUACUCAGCCAUCUCCUCCUCACCUCCAGCCUCUACCUGCUCACCCUUUCCCCCAGCCCCAGCCUACCAUUCCAAUACAUCAGCCCACAAUCCCAAUACCUCAACCCACCAUCCCAAUGCCUCAACCUCACAUUCCCCAGUUGGCCCUUCCCCAGCCACAGAGACCACCAAGUGCCAGAGAAUUGGAAACCAAAGAGCAGGUACUGGGCAUGCUUCACCCUGGUGGGGGUCCUGCACAGCCAUGGGAGCCUUUGUGUUCUGGCCUUCCCCCAGCUCUGCCACAUGGACACACUCUCGAGGCACCGCCAUGCCCUAACCGCCGCUCACCUUCUCCUCAGAGAAUCCUCCCCCAGCCCAGAGGCACCCUCAUUCCAGAUACAAUGGCCAAAGCCAUCGCCCGUGAAGCUGCCCAAAGAGUGGCUGUAGAGAGCGGGCGGAUGGAGAGGCGAAGUCAGGGCUUUCACUCUCAAAACUCAGAUGAGGAAGAGGAUGAGGAAAGCUAUCAGUCUCGCAGAAGAGGAGAAUCUGUGGAUGACUUCCUUAGGGGCUCAGAACUGGGCAGGCAGUCCCACUACAGUCACAGUGAAGAUUACCAGACAGAAAGCAGUCGAGGUUCAGACCUAUCUGAUAUUCUGGAGGAGGAUGAAGAGGAGCUGUACUCUGAAAUGCAACUGGAGGAUGGACGACGGCGCAACUCACACAGUGCUCUUAAGGUUGGAGGCAACGUUUCAUCUUCAGGAAGGCUGGAUCGGGACUCAAAUCGGAGGCCAGCUCAUGGGGGUCCUCAACCCCAGCGCAGACCGCUCAUGGUCCCCUCUAUUGGAGGUUACAGGGACCGAGGACGGCGGUCUCCUCCACACUACGAUGAGUCCGAAUCUGAAGACCCCUUCCGUAUCUUUGUAGCAUUGUUCGAGUAUGACCCUCUCUCCAUGUCCCCAAACCCAGAUGCUGCUGAUGAAGAGCUUCCUUUUAAAGAAGGACAGAUCAUCAAGGUGUAUGGGGACAAAGACACGGAUGGGUUUUAUCGGGGAGCGAUCCAUGGCCGGUCUGGCCUCAUUCCCUGUAACAUGGUGUCAGAGAUACAAGCUGAGGAUGAGGAGACUAUGGAUCAGCUCAUGAAGCAGGGCUUUCUACCCUUAAAUACCCCAGUGGAUAGAAUAGAGCACAGUCGAAAAGGCGGCCGGCACCCUGUGGCUACUAGAAGAAUGGUUGCUCUUUAUGACUAUGACCCCAGGGAGAGUUCACCAAAUGCAGAUGUUGAGGCGGAGCUGACGUUCUGUGCUGGUGAUAUCAUCGCUGUAUUUGGGGAGAUAGAUGAAGACGGUUUCUACUAUGGUGAGAUUAAUGGACAUCGCGGUCUGGUUCCCUCCAACUUUCUAGAAGAAGUGCCUGAUGACGUGGAGGUCUAUCUCACAGAGACUCCGUCCCACCAUGAGCAGGAAGAGCCAGUGCCGGCGCCGCGCCCGGAGCCUAAACGGGUACACCAUCGCCGUUCUCAGCGCUAGGCCCUGUGUCCAUCCAUCCUCCGUUUGAGUUCCCUCCACUCGCCGUCUCUAUGUUUUUUUUCUUUUUUCUUCUUGUGCUUGUUUGUUUUGUGUGGUGGUGAACGUGCAGUCGUGGCUUCCGGUCUUGCUUUUUUUGGAAUGGAAGAAGCAAAGCCCACCGUGAACUGAGACAGACAGCACAACUAGCGCAUACACUGGGGGAUAUUGGCAACGAUAUGACGAAAGACUGCAUCUCAUUCCUGCAGCGGAAAAAAAAAAGAGAAUGAGACUCUAAAGCUGGGUUUGUGCUUUGAAACUCAGUUAAAAUGACCAGGUCAUUAGACAAGCAUGCCUUUUUCAAAAUGAACUUUAUUACCUUUUUUUAUAUACAAACAGUACACAUUGGCCUGUGUGUGUUGUGUUGUGUUCCAUUAAAGAGGCUUUGUUUCUUUUUUUGUGUAUCACACCUUCAUCCAAAUUCUGCUCUGAGAACAUGCACAUAAAAAAAAAAAAAACUGAACUAAAACAACACAUUACUUCACUGUAAUGCCAUAAUCAGCAGAAAUAAACGCAACGCUGAAGCAAAAUGUCAU